GCAAUCACAAUGGGCGUCCGAGCAUUUCACACCUGCUGUAUGUUGCUGUCUCUAUUUUCAGGAGAGAGCUGUGGUCAAACCAUAUAUGGUACGGUAGGAGAAGAUGUGUACCUACAUCUGCGGGAGACAAACGGAAGGUCUUUCCAUGAUAUUCAGUGGAGCUAUCAAAAUAAACUCCUGGCCAAGACAGAAUCUUCAAUUAAAUCAUUUGCAGAGGUUGUCAGUAAUGGCACGCUCAAACUGCACACUGUCAGGAGAAACUAUAGUGGAGUUUAUACUGCUAAAGCCUAUGAUGACCAGGGCAUCUUCACAUUUAAUGAGAGCUCUUACUUAUUUGUAAUGGAUCCUCCAGUGAUAGAGCUUGUUCUCUGCACACAGGAAGUGUCUGUGUUUCACUGUGUGGGAGAAAAUGGGCCCGAUGCCGUGUACGAGUGGAGGGUCAGUAUCCAGAACCAGGGACAUCGGACCGUCUCCAAUCACACUGGGAAAUAUCUGGCUCUGAAAUAUUCAUCCGGAAACAUCUCCUGUACUCUGAAAAUCGGCAACUUCAACAGUCAGAGUGAGACGUAUUCUCUCUUCUGCAAAGAGUCAGGUCUGUCUGGUCCAGAACUGAAGUGGUGUGUCAGUAUGGAGGUCCUUGUCAUGCUGGGCCUUCUGUGCUUCAUGAUGUGUGGAAUUUCAGUCGCUGUACAAAUAUGCCUCAAGCAACGGAAUUCAAAUGUGACAUCUGAGGCACGCAGUCUCUCUGUUGAGAUGGCCCAGGACGAUGGAAUUGUGUACAGUGAAGUCAGAGUUGGAAAACAACGCAAGUAAAUUUGGUUUCCCUUUUAAUAAAUCACUCACUGUGAGUCCAUUUCAGAAAACAAUAAAGUAUUUUAUUUUAGUAACAAUUGUAAUAUCUCGAAACCUGUAAUCCUGUGAUUUUAAUAUUCUUAAGAAAAGGGCACUUAUAAAACUUUGAUGUGUUUGUGUUUGUCUGUAAAAUGUACAUACUGUAAGCACGUGUCUGCUCUAGUAUUUUCGGAGAACAAGGGGCAAAGACUGUGAGUGUGUUUUUUAAAAUAAACAUUAAAGAAACAUUUUUUCAUGACAAUUUUAUGAUCAUCUGGCUUUGUGUUGGAGAGUUAUAUUAUUAAUUGCUAUGAAUAUUUCAGAAAGGUUAUACCUGUAAUUGUAUACCUGUGUUGAUUUAAAUUAUUAAUACUGUAUAAUUUGUUCAAAGUAAAAAGGACUCAAACCUGCUGGGGAAAUGAUAGAACAUUGAGUCUUAAAAAUGAGGAGGAAUUACAAACUGACAUCAGAGCUGUUAAUCCUCAAAACAUCCGACAUCCCCCGAUAUCCCUCUUGU